CCCUCCAUUUCUAAGUUCUUCAACUUUCACAACUAAUCUCUCUCAUUUUCAAUUUCACCUAAGAAUCCUUCGGAUUGAACGGAAAAAUGCUGCGCCGUCUCGCCGCCCAACGCUUUAUCCAGCUCCGUCAAGCUUUCCGUCAGCCACAGGCAUCGCGAUCGUUCUCGACUGCGCUUAACUAUCAUCUUGAUAGUCCGGAUAAUAAUCCAGACCUUCCGUGGGAAUUCUCGGCAAAGAACAAGGAAAAGGUUAAGGAGAUAUUGUCCCACUAUCCUUCAAAUUACAAGCAAUCUGCUGUCAUUCCCUUGCUUGAUCUUGCACAACAGCAACAUGGAGGUUGGCUAUCGGUUUCAGCAAUGAAUCAUGUUGCUAAAGUCAUUGAAGUUCCUCCAAUUCGUGUGUAUGAGGUUGCAACAUUCUAUUCGAUGUUCAACCGAACAAAGGUUGGAAAAUACCACCUAUUGGUAUGUGGCACUACACCUUGCAUGAUUCGUGGUUCUAGAGAAAUUGAAUCAGCGCUAUUGAAUCACCUAGGAGUGAAGCGCAAUGAAGUAACUAAGGAUGGACUUUUUUCUGUUGGAGAAAUGGAAUGUAUGGGAUCCUGUGUGAAUGCUCCAAUGAUCACAGUUGCUGACUACUCCAACGGAUCCGAGGGAUAUACCUAUAACUAUUACGAAGAUAUCACUCCAAAGAGAGUUGUCGAAAUCGUGGAGGCCCUGAGAAGAGGGGAGAAGCCACCUCGUGGCACACAAAACGCAGCUCGCAUAAACUCCGGACCAGAAGGUGGGAACACUACGUUGUUAGGUGAACCUAAGCCGCCUCCAUGCCGGGACCUUGAUGCCUGCUGAACGACGUGAUUUUGAAAUUAUUGUUCCAUAGAAUGACGAGAAGUGAUUGGAAAGCAUCUGUAAGCUGUCAGAUUUCCCAAAACGAAUGUCAGAAUUAUGAUUCUCAUUUUGGCUCACCCUGCCAGCCAAAUGUAUUGGGUGGGACUAUGGUGCAUCUGCCAAAGCCUUGAAAACACUGUAAACUUAGAUAUUCUUGAAAUAAUGGUGCGAUCUCUGGCAGCAUCGGUGUUUGUUUGUCUAUCAACGAGACUAUGAAAAAGCGAGUUGUUCGUCUAUCAAUGAGACUAUGAAAACGUGAGUUGAGUUUUGAGUA